GAACAUGGAGCUAAACCCAAUGGCUACGCUAGCCUCUAGCCAAACAAUGUCGACGAUUGAGCUCUGAAACUUCAGCAAAACCCAUCGUCAUACGGUGCUGGUAGGCCCUCUCAUUUCCGAUUGAAGUGACAACCCCAUUAAGAAGGUUCUGGAAACUGUUGAGGGCACUUCCUUAAGAUGGACACCUAAGUCCAUGACAUUAGAGAAACGGGAAAGUACUAAUUUAUUUUAAUUUUACAUCCCAGAAAGAUAGGCAACAGCUGUUCGAUACAGUGACCAGAGUUUGUUUCCUGAAAAGGUGGUGGUAUUAGGAUUCUGAUGGGAAUAAAUUGGGAGAAAAUGGAUGGUUAAUGUGUUUUUGGCAAAAGGGUGACUGCCGACGGGUGGAUUUCGCUUCUUGGCAAAGGGGUUGACACACCUCUAAGAUUCUUCUGCUGAUUUUGACUCACCGUGAAGGAAAAUAAAUGGCUGAAGAAUCUGAUAAAGACCAGGGAAAUGGGCAGAGUUCAUCGGCUGCCGAGAAGGACACAGGAGUCCAAAAGAAGAAGCGGAGAGGAAUCAUAUCUCGCAUUUGGAAUGGCCUAUUUAGAAGACAUGGUGAUGAUUUUGAGAAAAGGCUGCAACACAUUUCCAAGGAAGAAGCUUCUGUUCUAGCUAGGAUGAAGAGGAGAUCUCAAAGUUCGAGGACAAUGACAAGGAAUCUCAUAGUACUGUCAGUGAUUUUGGAGGUUAUUGCAGUGGGUUAUGCUAUCAUGACAACAAGAUCCGUAGAUCUGAACUGGAAGAUGAGGGCUUUUCGUGUUCUGCCAAUGUUUCUGUUGCCUGGUUUGUCUUCUGCUGCAUAUUCAGUGAUUGUAAGCCUCACAAGAAUGUGUGACCGCAGGGAUCAGAAAACUUUAGAGCGCCUUCGAACCGAAAGACGAGCAAAAAUUGAUGAACUCAAAGAGAGGACAAAUUAUUAUACCACACAACAGCUCAUUCAGAGAUAUGACACUGAUCCAGCAGCAAAGGCUGCUGCUGCAACUGUCCUGGCAUCAAAGUUGGGUGCAGAGUCAGGCUUAAAAGUGUUUGUCGGUGAUGAAUCUCAGCUUGAUGUUGCAACAGCGAAGAGCAAUGAUGUAGAACUAACACAAUCUAGUGGGCUGCGAAAUAGAAAACAGUUGCAAACCAGAUCCGGUAAUGCAGCUAAUCCCACAAUGCAUCCCUCUGAGGGGGAAAUGCCCCAUCAAGCAGGGGUCGAGGGUCCUGGAACUUCUGGGCAUGAUCAGUUGGUUGUGGAGCAUUACCCUCAUCAAGGGGUGGCCCGAUAUGAUGGGGGAUGGAUUGCUCGAAUUGCAGCAUUGCUUGUGGGUGAGGAUCCAACACAGUCAUAUGCGCUUAUAUGCGGGAACUGCCAUAUGCACAAUGGCCUUGCCCGGAAGGAGGAUUUCGCCUACAUAACCUACUAUUGUCCACACUGCAAUGCCCUGAAUCAGUCACUGCAACAGGAAGAGCAUGCUUCUGGCUCCAAGUCCCAGGGGCGGUGAAUCUGUCACAGCAACUGGAAGAGCAUGCUUCUGCCUCCAAGUCCCCAGGGGCAGUGAAUCGGUCACAGCAACUGGAAGAGCAUGCUACUGGCUCCAAGUCCCCAGGGGCGGGCAGUGCUGAUGCAGUCAACAAUGCUACCGGUGCUGUGACUGAUAGCGGGAGGACAAGCAGCAGCCCAGUAAGAGCUGCAUCAGAGAUUGAGCAAGUAACUGAGAAGGCAGAUUAGAGUGGAGUGACAGAGUUUGCUUGGUUAUUUUUAUCAUUCUGUGCCAUAUUCAGUGCUGGAAGUGUGAUGAGCUUGUUCUUUUGCCUCUUCUGUAACACAGAUUGUUUGAGAUUCCUUACUACAAAAAUGCUUUGUAGGUUUGACAAUUACACAUAUACAUCAAUGCCAUAUUUUGUAAUACCCGGGGUUUUCAGUUACAUGUCAAAUUUUUAUGGAGUUUUUGCAGAA